AUGAGCCGAUUGUGUUCGCCUAAGACAUCACGUUUGAACGUUAUUCGCAACUCGACGAUGAUUCCGAGUAGCGAUGAGCUGCGAGAGUUGACAAAACGAAUGGCAGCGUGUAUCCAAGACGGUCUGGGCAAGGAGACGCACCCCAAAGCCACUGUGAAAUGUUUCCAGACUUACGUUCAGGACUUGCCCACUGGACGGGAACUCGGCACGUACUUGGCCUUGGACCUGGGCGGGUCCAAUUUCCGCGUACUAAAGGCCGAGCUGGGCACCGACGAGAUCCGCAUGGAGCAGGAGACGUAUUCGUGCUCCCAAGACCUUAUGACCGGCACCGGGGAAAACCUGUUCGACUACAUCGCGCAGUGCUUGGCAAGGUUCGUGGAACAAACUGGAAGCUCCUCGGCAGCCAGCAAGAAACCACUUCCGGUCGGGUUCACGUUCAGUUUUCCCAUGCGGCAACGGACCGUCGAUUCGGGCGUGUUGACCAAGUGGACCAAGGGCUUCAGGUGCGACGGCGUGGUAGGCCAAGACGUGGUUCAACUGCUGCGCCGGUCCAUAGCCAAACACGCGGGUCUCCACGUGAACGUCUGCGCCAUACUGAACGACACGGUGGGCACGCUCAUGUCCUCGGCCUGGAACGAUGCCAAGACGAAACUGGGGCUGGUCGUGGGGACGGGCACGAAUUGCUGUUACGUGGAAAGGGUCGGCGCGGUAGGUCUGUACGCCGGAGAUCCGGGUAAAAAACAAAUGGUCAUCAAUCUCGAGUGGGGUUCGUUCGGCGACAACGGAGAGCUGGAAGGGCUGGUGACGAAGUACGACCUCGAGGUGGACGCCGGCUCGGUAAAUCCGAAACAGCAGCUGUUCGAAAAGAUGGUGUCCGGCAUGUACUUGGGCGAAACGUUCCGGUUGCUGUUGCUGGACAUGGCCAAGGAACAGGUCAUCUUCGACGGCAAGAUACCGGACGUCCUGGAGCGACCCCGGGGCAUAACGGCCGACGUGAUUUCCGGUAUCGAGAGAGACGCCCCGGGUCGUUAUGAACACGCCCAGGACUGUCUGCGAAAGGUGGGCAUCAACGCCGCAGACAGUGACCUGGAGCUCAUCCGGCAUGCGGCGCAAAACGUGUCUAGCAGAUCAGCUCGGCUGGUCGCCGCCGGGCUAGUGGCGAUACUGAACCGCGUGGACGAGCCGGAAAUAACAAUUGGAGUAGACGGGGCGGUGCACCGGCAUCAUCCGCACUACCACGACAUUCUGGUAAACACCAUCAACGAGCUGCUGGAAAACAAGAAGAAAAUCAAUGUCGUUUCCUCGGAAGACGGUAGCGGACGCGGAGCGGCCGUCGUGGCAGCCGCCGUCUGUAGGCGAUCUCCGUGA